AUGUCCUCACCGCAAGCCAUGGCGACGACGCUGCAGACGGGUGGCGGCAGCUUCACCGUCGCAAACCCGCGCCAAACCACCCUGCCGCCCGCAUUGCCCGAUCGCAACGUGACGGCCGACACCAUCGAGGACGCCUACGUGCGCUUCAUCUUCUACUGCAAUCCUGCGCUGCCGCCAGACGCAGACACCAACAGCCUGCGAGAGGCCUUUGCGAACCCGCCCAAGAGCGGCGGCAAGAGCUUCAGCCCCUUUGUCAUCUUCGAGCUGGUGCGGCGCUUCUACCGCAGGGAGAUUAAGACAUGGACCGAAUUGACCAUUACGCUGGGCGUUGAGCCGCCGGAUUUGUCCAAGGACGAGAGCGUACAAAAGAUUGCCCAGUACGGCGUCCGUUUGAAGAAAUGGAUGAACUCGAUGCAUGUCAAGGCCUUUUUCGAGUAUCUAAUGGAUAUCCAGAAUGACUAUUGGACCAGCAUCCCAGAUGAUCCAGACCCUACCAGCCGGCCUGUUCGUGACGGCGUGGCCAUCGAAGACGACAUGGCCCUGAGGGCUCUUUUGCCUCACAUUCGCCCCAAACGAGGUCGCCGAAGGCCAGACGCCGAUGAUGUCGCCGGCUCUCCGGCGGCCCAGCGGCCGCGCUUAUCCCCCCCGUCGGCAAUUGAUGGCCAUCGGGGAUCGUGGUCCGCCCAUCCAGAUGCCCGAGGCCAUGGCCUGCCGAUGGAUCCUUCCAGGCCGGGCGCUAUGGCUGCUUGGAGCUCCAACGACACCGUGCAGACUCCGCUGUCCCGAUAUCCCAACUCUGCCAUAACGCCUUCGACCAGGAGCUCGUUCUGGGACGAUGCGCUGGAACCUCGUUCUGCCAUCACUCCGUCUAAGCCCAAGCUUUCUGCCCAACGGCGAGGCCCCAAGAAUGUAUCUUCGGCAUGGAAACCACAAGGAGCUGACAGCAGUGUAAAGUUACGAGGAAGGCCCCCGAUUCAUCGCGCGCCCGUCGAGCCCCCUGCCAACCCUCUCAACCCUCCCCACCCUUCGAACCCUUCCCCUAUGACAUCGUGGGCUCCGACUCCCGAUAGCAACCUGUCCGAUCCUCCUCCUGUUCCCAUGGCUCCUAAAGACCCCAUACCGAUGGUGCCUGAUCCAGCUCAGAUGCAUCCGCAGAUUCGUAAUCAAGUCUCACCAUAUGCGCCAGCAGAUACGGCUGCACCGGUGCUGUCGGCGCAUGCACAAGCGCAGGCACAGGCGCAAGUACGUAUUAUCACUCCCUCUGCGCCUCCUGGCCUCCUAACCUCCGGUAUGGGUGUCAAUCCUCUCGACGCUGGCGCUAGACCUGCUCGGCCCAGCAUAUCUUUGCAAGUCCCUGAACGACAAGGAGGCACAGUUCGACUCGCGACGCCCCCGCUGCCGCCACCGCUACCGCCACCAAUUCCAAUGGUACCGAUGAAUGGACAGCCAGCAAACGAUAUUCCAACACUGCUAGGUGCUGGUCAAGGACCACCACCACCACCACCACCUCCACCUCCUCCCCCACCUCCACCAUUGUCACAGAGGCCGCAGGCUAAUGGCUGGGAUCCGUUCUCACAGCCGUCUGCGGCGAGAGUAAAUGACACAAAUACCGCUCCGGCCUCUGCCGAGCCUACAAGCCAGGCUGGCCCAACCAAGGAUGUGCCACAAUAUUUCUUUGAAAAUUUGGACGACCGGACCAACCUCGACGGGCUAAUAUCCUAUUUCACCCAUGUCCUGCACAAUUCUGACUGGGUAGACCCUCAGGGGAACCAACAAGAGAUAGCAGGGCUAGACGAGUGUACCGCCAUGGUCAAUGCCACGAUCGAGCACAUGUACAGAAAUGCCGAAUCCUCCCAAGCCUUUCUGAUCAACUUGGCAGCAUUGUGCGGCGCCAAGAUGCUCAUGUCGAAUCGCCCGAGAUGCUACCGAGUCGAGACCUCGGAGGGCGUUUACAGCUACUACUUUGAUUGGCAAUAUCGUUUUGGCCCCCUCAAGGGACAAUUCACCAUGACUCAUAGCGUGCCAGUCACGAUGUGGAAAAAGCCUGGGCCGGGAGAGCGGAGUGAGGCGUCGCAGCAAGAAGAGGGCCUGACAGCGCAGCAGUGGCAGGCCAAGUACGGCGCUCUCAUGGACGAGAUUGAGAAGCGUGACCAGGAACUGUAUGAUAUGCAGAACAAGGUGAUUUCAGCGAUGAAAGGAGAUCCCAUUUGA